UAAAGUCGAGGAAGAUUGUAUAUGUGAAAUGCGGUAUGUGCUCCUUAAAGAAGUCACGUGUCAGGCACAUGACUCGUUUUUGCGUGAACAAUGACUAGAGGAGGCAAACGGCUUAUUUAUUCAUGAGCUUGGGAGGCAAUAUGCAACAUUUUAAAGGUCGGGGUAAGCCUUUUUUUAGAGUGGUCAAAGUGUUUUUUAACUCUAUUCCAUUGGACAUUAAUUCCCCUUCCAUUUUUGAAAGUUGAAACGCAUAAAUGUAGGAACCUGUGGUGUUUUCUUUUUAUUUUUUUUUUUGGGGGGGGGGUGUGGGGACCAAACUAUUCCUCCUCAAGAGAGACAACAGUUCAUCGUUUCAUUUUAUUGCAGUAAAAAUCUGCGGGCUCGGAUUCUGGUAAAAAGGGGUCAACUUUUGUAUACAUAAUGAAUGUGUGAUUUUAUCUGAGGAAGGAAGAACACGAAGGGUUGACACUUUUUUGCAGGAGAAAAAUGGAGAAAGUUGUCUCAGAUCGGAGCUUGUGCAUUGAGAGUGAGGGGGAGGAAGAGAUUGAAAAGGAGGCCUUCGGAAGGAUUGAAGAUGAUGGGAAUGAUUCAGAUUCUUCAUUUUCAUCCUCAGAGAUCAAACUGCUCCAGGCUGGACCCAGUUCUUACACCAACAAUUGGCCUCAGAGUUACAGGCAGUCGAUCGAUCUCUAUACGAGCGUGCAGUCGCCCAGCAUUGGGAUUCUGGGGACGCCGACACUGUCAAAAUUUGGGAGUUCGUUCUUUGGCUCAUCCCUCAUUCAUAGACACUCUCCGGAGGCACACUCUUCUUCUCUUUCUAAGCCGCUCAUACCAGAACCAGUCCAACCAGAGGAGAAGCGGCAAAGGCUGCACAGGGAGAGCUCCCACUAUCUUGCUCCUCCUUUUUCGUCCCAUGCUUCCAUCAGGAAAGACUCCAGGGUAGCAAAUGAGCUUCCCAUCUCUAGUAACUGCUCAUUCGGGCAAGCCGCAUUAAAUGGGUUGAAUGUGCUAUGCGGAGUUGGGAUCCUCUCAACUCCAUAUGCCGCCAAAGAAGGAGGAUGGUUCGGAGUUUCCAUUUUGAUAUUCUUCGGGUUGCUCUCGUUCUACACAGGCAUACUUCUUCGUCGUUGCUUGGACAGUAAACCUGGCCUCCAGACUUAUCCGGACAUAGGUCAGGCUGCUUUUGGUACCUUUGGACGAGUUGCUAUCUCGGUGAUACUGUACAUCGAACUAUAUGCGUCUUGUGUUGAAUACAUUAUCUUGGAGACUGAUACCCUUUCAUCUCUGUUCCCGAAUGCUCAAGUAAACUUUUAUGGACUUUCAUUGGAUUCCCAUCAUGUAUUCGCAUUAAUGACCACCCUCAUCAUUCUCCCUACGGUUUGGCUCCGAGAUCUUAGCCUUCUCAGUUAUCUUUCCGUGGGAGGAGUGAUAGCAUCAUUCGUGGUUGUUAUAUGCCUGUUUUGGGUCGGUUUAGUUGACCAAGUCGGCUUCCAUAGUGAACGGACAGUGGCUCUCAACCUUGGGACUCUUCCGGUUGCUAUUGGACUAUACGGCUAUUGCUUCUCAGGACACGCUGUGUUCCCAAACAUCUACACUUCAAUGGCAAAACCGAGUCAGUUUCCAUUAGUCCUAUUAACAAGUUUUGGUGUUUGUACUCUUUUAUACCUUGGAUCAGCAGUUAUGGCAUAUCUGUUGUUCGCCGACUCAACCGAGUCUCAGUAUACCCUCAACUUGCCACAGUCGUUGAUGGCUUCAAAGAUUGCUGUCUGGACCACGGUUGUGAACCCGUUAACUAAGUACGCAUUGACCAUGUCUCCCGUAGCGCUGAGUUUGGAGGAACUGCUGCCAUCUGAUAACAAUUUCCGCAUUUAUGCCAUCUGCAUUAGAACCAUGCUCGUGAUAUCUUCCUUGUUCGUCGGCCUCGUGAUUCCAUUUUUCGGUCUGGUGAUGUCAUUGAUUGGAUCUCUGCUCACAAUGCUCAUUACCUUUAUACUUCCUUGUGCCUGCUUCCUGAGCAUCUUGAGGGGUAAAGUAACCUAUUCACAGGGAGCAUUUUGCGGCAUUAUAAUCAUCGUCGGGGUUACAUCGUCAGUCUUCGGCACGUAUACAGCUUUGUCGAAGAUUAUCGAGAGCUUGAGGAGCUGAGAAGCCAGGAACUUUACAGGCUCUUUACAAGCCCAGAAAUAAGUCUCUCUCUCACAAUUUUGCUCUAGGAUUGCUCUGUAUUGAUAACUUAAUUUGAAAGGGAAUUGAUCAAUUGAUUUCCCCAGACAAGAGAGAGACAUGUUUAAGAUGUAACAAACUUUUUUCUUUUCGGUAAAAGAAGAUGUUAAGGAAUUUUGUUUGUCAAAACAUUCACAAAAUUGA